UAACUUUAUGGUCAAUCAGUCAGUCGACUUGACAGUUUAGGAAAAAUGGCGACUUUUCUACCUCGUUCGCUUGGUCUUGCCGAAACUUAUUUGUUAAAAAAUGGAAGCAAGUUGCUGGGAGCAUCUUCAAGCAAUUUACCCAACAAGCAACAAGUCCGUAACUUGAAUGUGCAUGAAUAUGUCAGCUACACUCUACUGCGAGACCAUGGCAUCCCAGUUCCCAAGUUCAAUGUUGCCAAGACCAAGGACGAGGCAGUCAAGUUUGCCCAGGAACUCAACACAAAAGACAUUGUACUCAAAGCACAGGUUUUGGCAGGAGGAAGAGGCAGAGGAGCAUUCAAAAAUGGCCUUAAAGGUGGUGUCAGAAUGGUGGACACGCCUGAAGUUGCCGGAGAUAUUGCUGGGAAGAUGCUGAAACAGUACCUUGUGACGAAGCAGACCGGUGCCGCUGGUCGCAUCUGCAACAUGGUCAUGGUCACCGAGAGGAAGUUCCCACGGCGAGAGUUCUACGUCGCCAUCAUGAUGGAGCGUAGUUUCAAUGGUCCUGUCAUAAUUGCAUCAUCCCAAGGCGGAGUGAACAUUGAAGACGUGGCUGCCGAGAACCCCGAUGCCAUCACCUACGAACCCAUCGACAUCGUGAAGGGCAUCACCCAGGAACAAAUCGACCGCGUUAUACAGAAGAUUGGUCUCCAAGAGCGCGCGAAAGAAGCAUCCGAAUUGAUGUCUAAGAUGUAUGACUUGUUCUUGAAGAAGGAUGCCCUAUUGAUUGAGGUCAACCCGUACGCGGAAGACGCAAUUACUGGCCAAUUUUAUUGUCUUGACGCCAAAUUCCGUUUCGAUGACAACGCCGACUUUAGACAAAAAGACCUCUUCGCCUUGAGAGACACGACACAAGAAGACCCCAAAGAAAUUGAAGCCGCCAAGUUCAGUUUGAACUACAUUGCCCUUGACGGAAACAUCGGAUGCAUGGUGAACGGCGCCGGUCUGGCCAUGGCCACCAUGGACAUCAUCAAGCUGUACGGUGGUGACCCGGCCAACUUCCUCGACGUCGGAGGCGGCGCCACCGCGCAAGCUGUUGCGGAAGCAUUUAAGAUCAUCCUGUCCGAUCCCAAAGUGUCCGCCAUUUUGGUGAACAUCUUCGGAGGUAUCAUGCGGUGUGACGUCAUCGCCGAGGGCAUCAUCAACGCGGCCAAGAACCUCAACAUCCAAAUCCCAGUUAUUGUCCGUCUUCAGGGCACGAAAGUGAACGAGGCGCGCAAACUGGUAGCAGAGUCGGGGCUUCGCAUCGUGCCGCGCGACGACCUCGACGAGGCCGCACAGCUGGCCGUGCAGCUGUCCGAGAUCGUCUCGCUGGCCAAGAAGGCCGGCGUCGAGGUCAAGUUCGACAUCCCGCGCCUCUUCCUAGAGAAGUAGACCGCUAAAUGGGGUUGCCAGCUCGAGGAGAGCCGGACGGUUUUAGCUAGAGAUGCUAUCGACAGUUUUGUUAACCUCAAGUCGAUAGGACUAUCGAUAGUAUCGAUUACGAAAGGAAACAGCAUCGAUAGUAUGAAGACAAUCAUGCCUAAAUACUGUCGAUGCUAAUGCAAGUUAUUAUUAAUAGUAUUAACAUGUUUUGCACUAUCAAUGUUAUAGCUGUCGAGCGGCAUCUCUACUUGUUAUAUUCAGUCGACUAUAAGUAAGAAGUUUAGCAGGACAUUUGAGUAUCCUAUCCUAUGAACAUCUAGUCUAAUCAUCACUGAAGUGGGCCGGACCGGUUUUUUCUGGAUGGCUGGCAACCCUAUCCGCACCAGUAUUCGCGCACUCAUCCGACGGUCGGUCGUCCAGUGGUCACAUACGUAGACGAUGUAACUUUCAUCCACGAAUCAGUGCAAUACGAAAUACGCUAUCUACACUUCGCCUGUUAAGUUGUGACUGAACAACUAUUUGAUGGCUGACUUGCAAAGUUACAUUGUCUAAUGGUACUAUUUACUAUAUUGUAACUCGUCGUUUUAGACUUAUUUAUUCGAAUCUUUUAUAAUACGCUUUACACUAUGUAAUUGCGACUUGUAUUCACACUUCUAUUGUACACGUGUAAAGAUAUUAAUUUUAAGAUAAUAGUGUAUCCGAAUAUGUUAGUAGUGCUUUUGUUUACUUGUAGAUAGGUGCCAAGUAUACAUUUUGUCAUUGCUGUAUUUUAUUAGCUCGUUUAGUUGGGUACAUGACAUUGUUCAAAGUUAUUUGAAAUAGUUGUUAACAUCUAAAUCGAACAAUAGUCUACUGAAGGUGGCAUGUACUCGUUGUCAAUGUUCAUUGUGAUAGUGAAGCAUUCAUUUCAAUUGACCGAGUGUGAACGUUACCCACUUGUACACUAUUAUCGCUGUUAUAAGUAACGUAGUACGGGUUGUCAAACAACAUUUUAGUAGUUUAAGAUAUAAUUUCAUUAUUUUCAUGUUCUAUUUAUUUGAUUGCAUUGUUGUUGUUGAGUAGUUAGAUAAAAUAAAUUAACUAUUGGCUCUGAUAUUUUAAAAAUACUGUCCAAAAUUAUAAUAUUGCCUCACUAGAUGUUUAUUGUGAGCGGUAUGCACUUCAUGAAGAUAUUAUAUUUAAUUAUUGUUACAAACUUACUUUGCUAAAUAUUUUAUAAUGUAAACUGUACAGCUGAAUUCAGAAAAUACAGGUUGAUAUUUACAUAUUGUGUAAGUAUAUGU